AUGGCAGCAGGUUUAACACCAGACCAGACCAGGCCGCAAAUCGCCAUUGAAUGUGCAGCACCUGCAAGCCCGAGGUCAUUCAUCAGUUUGUCCCACCAGCUUAGAGUGGUUGUGGCGGGUGUCUCUGUAGUCGUCAAGUUCCAGCUAGGGGUAGACGCAUUCAAGCCAGGAGUGGUCAAGUUCCAGCUAGGUGUUCCGGGAGUAGUCCAGUUCCAGCUAGGGGUAGACUCAUUCAAGCCAGGAGUAGUCCAGUUCCAGCUUGGUGUUCCGGGAGUAGUCCAGUUCCAGCUAGGGGUAGACUCAUUCAGGCCAGGAGUAGUCCAGUUCCAGCUUGGUGUUCCAGGAGUAGUCCAGUUCCAGCUUGGUGUUCCAGGAGUAGUCCAGUUCCAGCUAGGGGUAGACUCAUUCAAGCCAGGAGUAGUCCAGUUCCAGCUUGGUGUUCCGGGAGUUGUCCAGUUCCAGUUAGGGGUAGUCUCAUUCCAACUGGGUGGAGUAGGAGUAGUCCAGUUCCAGCUGGGUGGAGUAGGAGUAGUCAAAUUCCAUUGGGGACCGUCAGUCGUCUGA